AUGAACGACAUUGCCCUGCAGGUGGAGGGUACCGACGCCCUAACGGACACCUUCUUCGCUUCCGACCAGGUAGCUGAUGUGCCGAGCACUCUAUCCCUCGGGAUCGACCACAACCUCGAGGCAUCGUCAUCAUCCUCAAUCACAAAUCCCAAUCAUUCAAACAGCGAAACGAGUCCCGAUCAGCUCAGCCCCACCGUGGAGCGUCUAAGCUGGUUCCUGAGCUCCCCGUCCUGGGCCAUCGCCUACCACUACCACCCGCCGGGAUCCAUCCCUCCGGCCGCCGUGUUCACCAACUUCGUCCGCGGCCUGCAGGACUGGCUCGUCCGCUUCCUCCGCAAAGGCCACAACCCCUUCAUCCACCGCAACCUCUACACCGAAUCGAGCAUGCCCCGCUGCCUCCAAGAUGCGUACGCCGCCAUCGCCAUCGCGCAGAACGUCACGCCAGACAACGAACACGUGGUCGACGCCACCUCCGCGACCUACAUCCUGGACCUGAUCGCCAGCCACUCGGCGGCGGAGCCGGCGUUUUCCCUGCUCACCACGAGAGAACACCUCGCUCGCACGCAGGCCCUCCUAAUCCACCUCUUGCUGUCCCUUUUCUCCCCCUCCAUAUCCCGCCGCGCCAAGGCGGAGAGCCUGAUCGACACGCUCCGCCUGUGGGCCCAGCAGCUCUGGGAGUCUGCCGCGCUCGACGCGACCUCGUCGUCCAUCUGCUCGAAUACCCUGUCGUUGCCUGAAGACGCUGGCGCCGACACAACAGACAUGGUGCAGAAUCUGUAUCGGGCGUUUGUUCUGUCAGAGUCGAUCCGCCGGACGUACCUGCUGACGAGCAUCGCUACUGGCGUGUACGGCGCUCUCAAGGCAACGUGGUCCGAGACGUGCGGCGGGGAUAUAUGCAUCACCGCGCGUGCGGAGCUGUGGGACGCGCCUUCGUCCGCGCGGUGGGAGUCUAGCGCUCGCAAGGCGGAUCCGUUGUUUUUGCAUAGUCUGCACGGGCAGAGUUUGGUUGAGCGCGGGAUACCUGCUGCGGAGGUUGAUGAGUUUGCGAGGCUGCUGUUCACGGUGAUGUGGGGGCUUGAGAAGGUGGAGCGUUGGGUUGUGAGUACUGGCGAUAGUGUAUCUGUCAUGUAUUGA